AUGGGCCAAAGGCUUGCUCCAGUUCUUGCCGUUUGCUUUAUGAGCAGAAUAGAACAACCAGUGAUAGAACGUCUUCCACAGAUGUACUGCCGUUAUAUCGAUGAUUGCUUCAUUAUAACAUCAACGCAAUCCGAAAUCGACGAAUGCUUUAGAAUUCUGAAUGAAAGAUCGCAGUACAUAAAACUCACCCGAGAACAACCAAAAGAUGAUCCCCAAGUGGCGGAUAGGGAGCUAAUCGCGGACCAAAAGCGACCUUGUGCUUGCCCAGAGACGCGGGUGGAUUCAGGUAAUGGACUCCCUGUUUCUGCUGAGCCAGGACUGACUCAUGACAUCCUUGUAUCCCGCACUUCGGUCCGGCCAAAAGCCCGCAAUCGAGUGACUGGGAGGUGCAAGGGAGGCGGUUUGGAGUCGCCUCCAACAAAUAAGCUCCACAUGUCCACUCAGGGAGAACGGAAGUUCUUCCAAAAACUUAUGGGACUAUAG